UGCGAACCUCCGCACCCGAAACCGGGAGUGAGGGAGGGUGAAUGGCCAAAGUACAAUAGCCAUAACGGCGUGAGGCAAAGGCACAGGCAACCAAUGGGGAAAUGGCAUGUUUUUGACCAAUAAGAAGCAGGAAGGCUCCCCCCGGGGCAGAAGACCUUCCGUCUCUUCGUUCCUCAAGGCGUCAAGAAUGACAUGUCUUUCCCAGCUCAGACCCGACGCAAAAAGCUAGAUUGGAGCUGGCGGCUGGCCUCUGGAAGCUGGUACACCGCGCCCCUCAUGGCGAAAACGCCCAGCCCACAUGCCACCGACCUCGCCAUCCUGGCCAUGCAGUGCCGGGAAGUGUUGAAAAAUCUUCUUUCAGCAUGUCUUGAAAAAGACUCAAAGCGCCAAGAGUCUCAGCUUGUUUCUCGUCAAUUGGCAGAGUUCAACAUAUGGUGCUCCAAGAUCGGCGUUAACAAACCAGGCCAACAGUCCCUAGACUAUCGCCUCAAAGACCUCCCUGACACGAGUAAGCUGAUAGGAGGACUUCUCGAGGUGCUGAAACAAGAUUUGCAGAGGCUCCGGGAACCUGAGAUUCUUCAUCAGCACGCCAAGGUUGAGAGCGAUGGCCCAGAUGUUCACGAUGACGAAGACUCCGACAGCUCUUCAUGGUCCCCAGAUGCUCUUUCAUCCUCGGAUGAAUCGGACACGGACACCUCGCCGAACGGACACACAUGGACGCGUGUGGAAGAUACGAUUGAUAGACUCCAUGGGCACGCACGGCGAAUUGAGUUGGCUGGACUCAAGCACAGACAAGCCAGAAUUGAACGGUUCAAGAAGAAGCCGGGUCAGAAGCAAGUCUACGAGCUGUUCAAAUGGAUCGCUGCGCAAAAAGUCGAGCACCAGUUCACGCGGUCAAGCCCCUGGAUGAAGGAAAGAAUCGCCGAGUCUUUCGCCAGGCGGAGAAUCCGGUUUGAAUACUUGAAGGAACAUCAGAAGAAGCUGGCUAUUGGUAUGAAUGUCACAUCUAGGGACGCUUCCUCAACCAAGAUGAGGGAUCAGCAUAGCGGGAGACCUACAAGUCCCUUCACUGAAUCCAAUACCCAGGCGGAUCUUCCCAAAUUCCAAAAUACAAUGAAAGACUUCCCGGAGCAGAGUGCCAUACUUACGGCCACUGAGCAUACUCACCUCGACAUGACCUCCCAGUCUUUGCUUCAGGACUUCGAGGUAGCGGAGAGCGUUGCUUCAGUCACGUUAAGGCACGGCGGCUUUCCCCAGCGACCGAGACUGCAUGGAUCCGACAGUUUUCAGUGUCCCUACUGUCGCCUCGAGUUCCUCGCAAGGGAAGCGGAAGGAAAAUCCUGGAGGUAGGCACUUGUUAACCCACACUCAUAACAAGAUAUCACAGGGAUUGGUGCGUUCAAUCAGACUCUG